AUGCUGGUCCUGCUGGCAGCCGUGGGCCUGCUACUCCUGGCAGCCCCGGUGCAUGGCCUUCGCCGUGCAGACGCAGCGGUUUCGAAUGCUACGAGCGCGACGCGUGUCCAGGCCUUGCCUGGCCUCGCCGCGGGCGGGAUGAAGUCGGCGCACUACGCUGGCCAUGUCGAAGUGGACACCACAAACAAUGGCCGUCUCUUCUACUGGCUAGUCGAGGCCGAAGUGAAGGACCCAACGACGGCGCCAUUGACUAUCUGGCUCAACGGUGGACCUGGCUGCACGAGCAUGCUCGGCUUGUUCAUGGAGUGCGGUCCGUUCCACAUUGAAGCCGACUUGACGCUGUCGCGCAACGAGUACGGAUGGCAGAAGACGAGCAACGUCCUCUUUGUGGACCAGCCCGUCGGCACGGGUCUCUCGACACUCGGGACGCGCGCGUAUCCGUCGUCCGGGGCAGCGGUCGCGGCCCACUUCUACACGUUCCUUCUCGGGUUCCUCCAGCAGCACCCCGAGUACGUCCAUGGCCUUGUCUCGCGACCGAUUUACUUUUUCGGCGAGUCGCACGCGGGUCGAUGGAUCCCGCAAUUUUACAGCCACAUUGCGACUGAGAAUGCACGCAAUACGCACGGUCUUCAGAUCCAGAUUCACGGUGCCGGCAUUGGCAACGGCUGGGUCCACCCGCUCAUCCAGUACGACUAUAGUGGGUUCGCCCACGGUCUCGGGCUCAUUUCGCUCGGUCAAAUGCGCACGCUCCAAACCAAGUUUACGGUCUGCACUGACGCCAUUGCGCGCGGUGUCUACCACGACGCCGCUUGCUUUGCCAACUUGGACAGCAUCAUGGACAGCGUGCGCGGCAACGUGCCGCUGAAUUUCUACGACGUGCGCGCCUACGGAAGCUCGAACGAGUACCCGCCAGCCAAAGAGCGCAUCAGCGCGUACUUGGAUCAGCCGGAGGUGCGCAAGGCGCUGCAUGUCGAGAGCAACACGCAGCCGUUCGAGCAGUGCAACUACGAUGUGUACGGCGCGCUGGGCCACGAAGACGCUGUGAGUACGCUCCACGACGUGGACGCGAUGCUGCGCGACGGCGUCGACGUGCUCUUCUUCAACGGCCAGUGGGACAUGAUGUGCAAUGCGUUCAACACGGAGCGCGUCCUCUACGAGCUCCAAUGGCCCGGCCGCGACGACUUCAAAGCCGCCGAGCGCUACACGUGGCGCGUCAAGGGCCACGACGUCCCCGCGGGCUUUGUGCAAACGGGCGGCAACCUCACGUUUGCCAUCGUCUCGGGUGCGGGCCACAUGGUGCCGUACGACGUGCCCCUUGCGGCGCUCGACCUCUUUACGCGUUUCGUGCAGCGCGUCCCUUUUACCGACACGCGCCAGGAAAUUUCUGUGCCGACGUACUGGAAUGCGACGGCCGAGGCCGCGUGCGACCUCGGAGUAAGAGCCAGCGAGACGUCGACGAUGUGGCAUGCGCUUGUGCUUCUCGCUGCUCUCUCGAGUGGAUUGGUUGCGACCCUCUUGACGUUGUUCUACAUGCGCAGCGGCCGCCGACGCCGGCCCCCCGCGAUCCUCGUCGAGGUCGACGACGAAGAUGACGAGGAUGAUGGACGCCACGUCACCGAAGACGACCUUGAGAGCGACUGGGACGACGCCAUGGUCGAGAUGGAAGAGCUCACGAAGGAAUCACGGCAGCGGAAAACGACGUCGAGCGACAAAUAAUCCAUUUUUCGAACCGCCAAUCAAAAUCGUUUGCAAACAUCGAUCGACCAAUCGAAUAUGAG